GGAGAACUCACAAACAUUCGAUGGACCGCCCGGAGACGAUCGCCGUCAAAUACGAGCCAAUGACCGUUGAUUCUCCUUCCUCUUCUUCAGCCGUCGCCACAGAAAACAAGCCAACACGACCUCAAAAGCUUGUAGUUUUAGCAGACCUCAAUUUCAACCCUCCUGAGAGUGACGAUCUCGACAUUCAAAUCCCUACUCCUUCCAUCACUAGGUUGAGUAACGAGGAGAGUAAUCAAGAUGGAGGCUCAUUAACAUGUAAGGAGGUUGAGCCAGGGGAACUAGAAGGCAAAAAGAUCAGCAAGGUGGGGAAAUGUCGUUCGAGAAGUAAGUUUGAGGGGUCCUCUGAUUGUGGAGUUGAUGCAGAUGGUGAACAGGCUAAUCAAGGCGUCUCUGCAUCCCGGGAAGAAAAGAUUAGUAACCUAAAAAUGGGUUUGAUUCAUGUAGCAAGGAAGAUGCCCAGAAAUGCUCAUGCCCAUUUUAUUCUUGGUCUUAUGUUUCAACGAUUGGGCCAAUCCCAAAAGGCAAUACCAGAAUAUGAGAAGGCUGAAGAAAUCUUACUAGGUUGUGAGCCAGAAAUUGCUCGGCCAGAACUUCUCUUGUUAGUUCAAAUGCACCAUGGACAGUGUCUUCUUUUGGAUGGUUUUGCGGAUAGUGACUCUGUUAAAGAGAUUGAGGGAGAAGAGCUUGAAGAAAUUCUUUCAAAACUUAAGGAUUCUAUAAAGUUAGAUGUUAGACAGGCGGUUGUUUGGAAUACCCUUGGCUUAAUGCUUCUCAAAGCUGGCUGUUUGAUGAGUGCCAUAUCGGUUUUGUCAUCUUUGUUGGCCCUUGUUCCUGACAAUCAUGAUUGCCUUACAAACCUUGGAGUUGCUUAUCUUCAAAGCGGAGAUUUGGAGCUUUCAGCUAAAUGUUUCCAAGAUUUGGUACUCAAAGACCAUAAUCAUCCUGCUGCUUUGAUUAAUUAUGCUGCUGAGCUUCUCUGCAAACACAGUUCAACUGUCGCUGGUGCCGGAUCUAAUGGUGAUCCUGAGUCUUCUGAAGACCAGAAGGCACAUAUGAAUGUCGCAAAGGAAUGUCUCUUGGCUGCAGUAAGAGCAGAUCCAAAGUCUGCCCACACAUGGGUCAAUCUUGCUAAUUCCUACUAUAUGAUGGGAGAUCACAGAAGUUCAAGCAAAUGUUUGGAGAAGGCAGCUAAACUUGAUCCCAACUGUAUGGCUACUAGAUUUGCUGUUGCUGUCCAACGAAUCAAAGAUGCUGAAAGGUCUCAGGAUGCUAGCGACCAGCUUUCCUGGGCUGGCAAUGAGAUGGCUUCAGUGAUAAGAGAAGGAGAAUCUGUUCCAAUUGAUCCUCCUAUUGCUUGGGCAGGACUUGCCAUGGCUCAUAAGGCACAUCAUGAAAUUGCCGCUGCUUUUGUUACUGACCGAAAUGAAUUGACAGAUAUGGAAGAACGAGCUAUGUACAGCUUAAAGCAGGCAGUAACAGAGGAUCCUGAAGAUGCUGUCCGGUGGCAUCAGCUUGGUCUUCAUUGUCUCUGUUCUCAACAAUAUAAACUCUCCCAAAAAUACAUCAAGGCAGCAGUUAGUCGUUCUAGGGAAUGUAGCUAUGCGUGGUCAAAUCUAGGUAUCUCGCUGCAGUUAUCAGACGAACAACCAGAAGCAGAGGAAGUAUACAAGCGAGCCUUGGCAGUGUCAAGAGAGGAUCAAGCUCACACCACAUUCUCUAACCUAGGGAACCUCUACAGACAGAAGAAGCAGUACGAACUCUCAAAAGCAAUGUUCUCAAAGGCGCUGGAACUCAAACCAGGUUAUGCACCUGCAUACAACAACCUUGGACUCGUGUUUGUAGCUGAACGUAGGUGGGAAGAAGCUAAGUUGUGUUUUGAGAAAGCCCUUGAAGCUGACUCGUUACUUGACGCAGCACAGUCUAACUUGCUUAAAGCUACAACCAUGUCAAGACUCUGUACUUGCUUUGCUUCUACAACUGUUGUCCGAGAUUCUUGAUGCGUUUUGUGGAUCUCACGUUAUGUGUUGUUAAUUAGUACAACUCUCACGUCAAAUGAUAAAAUGAAAAUUUUCCUUUUUUGUUUAUCCUGAAGAUAGAGUAAUGAUUCAGGCAUUGUAACGUGAAAAGAUGAGAUAAGUGGAAGAUCAUUUACAUAGUUUACUUUUUUUUUUU